AUGCCUUCUUCUUCUUCCACUCAGUAUGCCGAUUUUAAUGAUGGGGCAGGUAUCAAGCGAAAGAGCAGCCAAGACUUAGACGGUUUACAUAAACGGCCAUUCAUUUGCGAUACUUGUGGAAAGCGUUUUACUCGCCUUGAAAAUCUCACUCGACAUAAACUUUCUCAUGAUGAUACAAAAAAUAUCUACUGUAAAUAUUGCCAUCAAGCUUGCAAAAGAACAGAUCUUCUCAAGCGACACAUACAGCGGCACCAUUCCGAUGUUCUUCCAAAUUCUGCUCCUCAACCUGCGCAUGAAGCGCUUCCCACCAAAACCACUGAGCAGGAUCCCGAAAACCUGGAGAUUGUCCUCCCUUCAUUUGAUGCCGUUGAUCUUCCAAAAACGUAUCAUCCUACCCUACGCCCCUAUUUCACGGUUCUUCCCUUCAUCCCUUCAGACUUUCUUGUUCAUUAUAUCGAAAGUUAUUUCGAAUGGUUUCAUCCCAUUUUCCCCAUGUUACACCAACCCUCUUUUCACAUCGAAGGUGCUGCAGCCUCUUUUAUUCGUUCCAUUAGCCUAAUCGGGUGUUAUUCCACCGGCAUUGAAAGUGACGCUACCUUGGGCCUUUUGUUUUGGGACAGCGGCUUUCACUUGCUACAGAUUUACCUCCAAAACGACGCUCAAAAAAAUACAAAUCUUUGGGUUAUCCAAACUCGCUUCUUGCUUUGCAUCUCCUCUCUCUUUGAAAAAACUUCCUCGUUUACUAGCAUUGGUCAAGCUUUACUUCGUGACCUGGUUCACGAUGUUCGAGUACAAGGCUGGACAGCCCUUCCUCCUAUUCCAAAAGAUUCUUCUUCCUCUAUUUUUAUAGAAUACGAAUCUAAAAAACGUACUGUCUAUUGUAUAUAUACCUUAGAGUAUCUUUUGGCUGCCUUCUUCAAUCGGAACCCUUCCCUCUCAUUCCAAGAACUUCGAAUGCCUCUUCCUGUUGAUGAACUUUUUUGGGACUCUACUAGUUCCCUAGAAGAAGAACAGUGGACGCAGACUCCACCUUCCUUCCACAAUUGCUUAAGGAAGCUCUCCCAUGGACCCAUUGUUUUCAAGGAAACAAGAAUUACAGGCCCAGCUCUUCUUUGUGCCGUAUACGAACUGAUCCAUAACGAUGCUAAAAAGGAAUGUGUUUUUGAAGCUUCGAAAUCUUCCAAACAGGUUUAUGAGGUUAUGCUUCAACACUUACGCAUGAGUAUGGAAUGCUCAACUAAGAACAAAAAGGUUUUGCUUCUAUUUAUGAGUUUAUGGAAUCUUAUUCGAACCUAUUUACAUCUUCAUGAUCCUUUGCUGAUUCUGUCAAAGUCCUUUUACGAUUUAAAAAGUACAGUUCACUUUUUUCAGAAUUCCUUGAAAGAUGACAGUGCUCAUUUUUUUCCUUUUCCCGAUUUUUACAGCAUAAGUCUGGCAUUAGAAGGAAUUCUUUGGACAUUUGAUCAUGGAUUAGUUGUCUUGCAAAAUUCCAACUUUGAUAUACCAAUCGUUCAUUUUGCUAUCUUUCGAUUGCUUCUUCAAGGCCUAUAUCUCUUUAAAGAUUGUCAAUCCGAAACACUCUCUAGUCAUACAAAUACAGCCUUCUUGCGAAAACAAUUAGCAUUUUGCUUUAGCGGUCGGCAAAUGCCUAUGAGAACUUUGGAAACAUUUGAUGAUAUUAUGAACCUGACUUCAGUUCUUGUGAAGAUAAUAAAUGUUGAAGGAGGGUGGGGAGCAGGUGCUUUACUAUCAAAAACUUUUCCUGUGUCGUAA